GGAGAACUACUCUUGUUCCUUACAUGGUUUCUCCCUUUCCCUCCCUUCUUUUCCUCUUCUCUCUGUGGAUCACAGCGAGUCCUCUCUCUCUGUCUCGUUGUCUCGUGAUUCGCACGUGAUCGUCCCUUCCGUCUAAGCCUGACCCCCGAGUCAAAACUCCUCUCUCUGACUCGAACUCCCCCCAACUCACCACUUGUUUCCGCCCCUUUUUUCCCUUAUUAAGGCUUCUUGUGUUGAUGAUGAAUUUGCAACAAGUUGUGCCCCCUAAGUCCACUGCGAAUGGAUUUGGCCGUAGAAGAGGUGAAAGAGAAGGGGGGACUAGGCUGGAGAAUAAAUUGUCAUCUGGAAAAUCAAACUCUGCUAGAGUACCAAGUACAGGUGUCCUGAGCGGUGGCAAAUUUGGAGGUUGUGAGAGCCCUUCCCAUGAUCGGUUAUUAUAUGUGGCAACAAGUCUUAUAGGACUUCCUGUGGACGUCCAAAUGAAAAAUGGAUCAAUAUUCUCUGGAAUAUUUCAUGCAACAACUGAUGAAAAAGAGUUUGGAGUCAUCUUGAAAAUAGCUCGCAUGACAAAAGAUGGUAAUCCCCGAGGACAGAAAGUGGAGACUGUUAGCAAGGCACCUUCAAGUAUUUUUGUUAUACCUGCCAGUGAACUUGUGCAAGUUAUAGCAAAGGAAGUGGCUGUAACCAGGGAUGGAUUUUCAAAUGAACUACAACGAGAAAAGCAACAUGACAUUAUGAUAGAUUCAUUUAUAUCACAAUCUCGUCAUGUAGAUUUAGAAAGAGAGCUGGAACCAUGGAUCCCAGAUGAAGAUGAUCCACAGCUGCCUGAAUUGGAAAAUAUUUUUGAUGGCCCUCGGAAUAGGAGCUGGAAUCAGUUUGCAAUAAAUGAAGAAUUAUUUGGUGUGAAGACCACUUUUGAUGAGGAACUUUAUACAACAAAACUUCUGAGGGGCCCCCAGACUAGAGAGUUGGAAAGAGAAGCUACGAGGAUAGCCAGAGAAAUUGAGCGUGAGGAUACUCAAGAUCUUCAUUUAGCAGAGGAAAGAGGCAUGAACCUUCAUGAAAAUUUUGACAUUGAUGAGGAGACCAGAUUCUCUUCGGUCUAUAGGGGUAGUGCCCUUGAUGAUAGUGGAUACGAAGAAGAUGAGGAUAUAAUGUUGGAUUCACGCAAUGAUGAGACCUUUGGUGGUUUGUCUGGUUCUGUGAGCCAGAGACCUGCUGAUCUGACCAGUGGCAAAAGAAAUGAUGCAGCUCAAUUUUCUUCAAGCACUUCAUUAGUGGAUGAGGCACAGUCUUCCCACUCUUGUAUUGCUGCAGAUCCACAUCGUUCAGUUUCUUACGAUCAUGCUAGACAAAUAACAUCUGAAAUUCCACAUAAAAGUAUUUCUACUUUGGACAGUGAAAAUAGGGUCCAGGAGAAUUUGCUUGGUGAAAAUGGAGGAAAUAAUGAUGCUAAGGAGAUUUUAGAUGAGCAUCUGCUACGGGAGGAUGCUCAACUGACAAAAUCAGAAGAUUCAGAGUCAUUACAGAGCAACAUAGAUAGUUCUGACAAAGUGGGACUAUCUGCAAAUGCCUCUGCAUAUGCUCCAUCCCAUGCUCCAUUAAAGAGCAAUGAAAAGAAAAGUUCACCUGGUGAACAAUUGGAGGCACCGGCACCUAGUAAAGUACCUGGAGAACCACAAUCUGUAAAUUCUCAUGGAAGAGCUGGUAGUUCUGCGUCAUUCAAUUCAGAAUGUGCAGUGGCUGGCUCAGCUUCUAGUGGUCCGGGUUUAUCCCCGAGCUCAUCAGUGGGCUCUUUGUCUUCGGAAAGAUCAACAUUGAAGCCCCAUGCCAAGGAAUUUAAACUCAAUCCUAAUGCAAAGAGUUUCACCCCAUCUCAAGUGGGUGCCAGGCCCCAAUCCCCUGUCACUGAUAGUCCCUUCUAUCAUCCACCUAAUGUAUCUGCAGUACCACAUAUGCCUGGCUUGCCUGUAGGUUUCGGACAUCUCUUGCAGAUUGGACCUGCAUUUGCUGGGCACCAACAUGUCAUAUAUAAUCAUCAGAUUCCAAUGCAAUCACCCCAAGCCUAUUAUCACCCACAGGGACCGCAGUAUGGACCGCAGAUGAUUGUUGGCCAGAGCCGGCCACUCUUUUACAUGCCAAGCUACCAGCAGCCUCAAGGACGAGAAUUUUAGCCGGUUGAACAGCUGAUGAACAUUCUUGGCAGCUCUGUUCUAUUCUGCUUUUCAAGGAUGAAUCUCUCGAGACUGAGCGGAACAUCAAUAUUCUGGGAACACAUCGAAACCCCUGGCUGCGAACGUUUGCCUAAAAAUUGUGAAGCCCAUGUGUGCUGAGCCAUUUUUCUUUCAUCAUGGGAUAUAAUUCUUAUAACCCUAUAUGCUUCACUCUUAGUAUUUUUAUUUUCUUUCGCUAUGAUUGUUCGCACUGUUUUUCUUAUUGUUCUUUUUUCAUGUCAAAUUAAUUUGGUUUAAUUUAAAACGGAAAGCAACUCUUGCAUGUAGCUUACUUCAAUUCUUAUUACAAUUUUUUUUUUUUCUGUA